UGCAAGAAAGGCCCCUGCUGCCCGGAGGCCUGCCUCGUGCUGGUGGGGAGAUGUUUCCUUUGAAAUGCGAUGUGCGUUAAACUUCUUUUUUUUUUCCUUCUCAUUCAUUACUCAUUCCUUUUUACCAGAUAAGUCCGGUUUCUUCUGUGGAGGGUACGCAGUUAAAGCCUUGAUUUCCUGGAUCUGGUAACAUGGCAAAAGAUGCCAGUCUAAUUGAAGCCAACGGAGAACUAAAGGUCUUUAUAGACCAGAAUCUUAGUCCUGGGAAAGGUGUGGUGUCUCUUGUAGCUGUACACCCAUCCACAGUGAACACACUCGGAAAGCAGCUUUUGCCAAAAACUUUCGGACAGUCCAAUGUCAAUAUCACACAGCAAGUGGUGAUUGGCACGCCUCAGAGACCUGCAGCGUCCAACACUAUUGUGGUAGGAAGCCCACACACUCCCAACACUCACUUUGUGUCCCAGAACCAGACGUCCGACUCCUCACCUUGGUCUGCCGGGAAGCGGAACAGGAAAGGUGAGAAGAAUGGCAAGGGCCUGCGACAUUUCUCCAUGAAGGUGUGUGAGAAGGUGCAGAGGAAAGGGACGACUUCCUACAAUGAGGUGGCUGACGAGCUGGUUGCAGAGUUCAGCGCUGCUGACAACCACAUCCUACCAAACGAAUCAGCUUAUGACCAGAAGAACAUCCGGCGGCGUGUCUACGAUGCCUUAAAUGUGCUAAUGGCCAUGAACAUUAUCUCCAAGGAGAAGAAGGAGAUCAAAUGGAUCGGCCUGCCCACCAACUCAGCUCAGGAGUGCCAGAACUUAGAGGUGGAAAGGCAGCGGAGGCUGGAAAGGAUCAAACAGAAGCAGUCACAGCUCCAGGAGCUCAUCCUGCAGCAAAUUGCCUUCAAGAACUUGGUGCAGAGAAAUCGCCAAGCCGAGCAACAGGCCCGCAGGCCACCUCCGCCCAACUCUGUCAUCCACCUGCCCUUCAUCAUUGUCAACACCAGCAGGAAGACAGUCAUCGACUGCAGCAUCUCCAAUGACAAGUUCGAGUAUCUGUUUAACUUUGACAACACGUUUGAGAUCCACGACGACAUUGAGGUACUCAAGCGCAUGGGCAUGGCAUGCGGGCUGGAGUCGGGCAACUGCUCUGCUGAAGACCUCAAGGUGGCGAGGAGUUUGGUACCAAAAGCUCUAGAACCAUACGUGACAGAAAUGGCUCAGGGAUCCAUUGGCGGAGUAUUCGUCACGACAACAGGUUCUACAUCCAAUGGCACAAGGCUUUCUGCCAGUGACUUGAGCAAUGGUGCGGACGGGAUGCUGGCCACGAGCUCCAAUGGGUCUCAGUACAGCGGCUCCAGGGUCGAGACCCCUGUGUCCUACGUCGGGGAGGACGAUGACGACGACGAUGACUUUAAUGAGAACGACGAGGAGGAUUGAUCGCUCGGCCCGUAGGCCCCUCCCCUUCAAAUCAGCUUCAGGAAAAACAUGUAUAGAGAAGAGAAACUUAAAGUGGGGCUUUCUGUUCUUUUUGGCCUACUCCCAAGAAGAUACCCGCGAGUUCUGGAGUUAGAUGUGCAGCUCCAAGUAAGGAGUGUGCGGCAGUUUGAGCCUAGCUGCAGAGAUGGUGUGAAGCCAGCGUGCUAAUGCAGAGCCUGUAUCUACCUUUUAGGAUUUUAUGGUUUCUCUCUCUUUUCUUUCUUUUUUUUUCCCUUUUCUUUUUUUCUUUCUAUUCUGAGUUUGAAGCUUAUUUUGCCCCUCAACAGUUGUUGCUGGGUUUGCUGAGGAAACUGUUGUGUGCCCACACCGGUGACAGUGAUAAAGUGCUGCCCUGCCCCCGCUGUCCAGCGCCCAGGUGGUGGACAGCCCGGCUUUAGGAUGAAGUUUUCCAUUUGUUAAAUCAUGCAGUGUCCAAAGAACCAAGCCAAUAGCAAAGCUCUGCUAUUAAACAUUAAGCGCCAUACGUCUUAUUAUCACUAUUUUUCCUUAAAUUAUAUUGACUGUUGGAAGCCCAUCAAGUCUGUACACCUUUUCUCUAUUGCAGCAACAAAGUGCGAAGUAGAUUUUCUUGUUUGUUUGUUUUGUUUUGUUUGGAAGAAGUUUACUGCCACGCUGGUGCAGCUAUGGAAAUUGUCUAGAAAGUUUGCUUAUGGUAAAUUUGCCUGAUUUCUUACAGGCUACGUUUGGAAACUUUUUAUUAUAUAGUUGUUUACACACUUAUAAGUCUAUCAUUUAAAGACGUGUACUGAAACAAAUGUUGUAUUUGUUUCAUAAGCAUCUUCCUGUAAUCUAUUAUAAAGUUGAAAUUAAACAUAGAGAAUGUUUUAACAGUUUUUUAACUCAAAAUUUGUCAAUCAUUUUUAAUAGUUCUUUUUUUAUAAAAAGAAAAAGGAAUUUAAGGACAGGCAAUAGUCUCUUAAAAUUUAUUCACAAGAAACCGUUAACUGCACAGUUGCCCUUAGCUGCCUGUUCUAAAAUGAUGGUCUUUUUAUUGAAACACAAAUAAACUUUUCUGUAAUAUUUUAUGGAAUAUAAAGAGACUUUAAUUGUUUGACUUGUUUAACUAAGCACUGUUAGUUUUUAUUAAUAAAACGCGCAUGGGCAUUUUAAA